UUCGCUCGAUCGUGCCAGCGAUAAUGCCUUUCGAGCAGAAGUUCCAGGUGACUUCAGGAGGCGAAGAACGUGUCGACAGGACCGUUGAUGUGUUAGGGCCGGCUUUCGAGUUCGACCCCAUCUUCAGAUUCGAGCUCCAGAACUUUUCGCUGUCUGACCAGAAACGGAUACUCCCCAAGCUCUUUCGCAGCUUCUUCUUUGCCUGCGCUAUCAAUGAUGGCAUGCUGCUCGAGGCAGACAACUUCGCGUCUUGUGCUAUCCUCAUGCCGCCCGGAAAGACCAACGACAACUUCUGGACCGUCCUGCGAGCGGGCCUGAUACCUAGCCUCUUCACCAUCGGCCCUGCAGCUUGCAAGCGCAUCGUUCUCGACUAUCCCGGCGGCAAUAAAGCCGCCAUGGCGACGGCUCUCACCAAGGCCGAACAGAAAGCGCACUGGUACAUCUUCAUCAUGGCGACGGCAGUAAACCGUGUUCGGGAGGGCCUUGCGAGCACGUUGCUCGUGUACAUGCAAGACAAGGCCCGAAGUGACGGGCGCCCGCUCUGGAUUGAGGCUACGACGGUGAAGGCUCGGGACCUCUACGCGAAGCACGGUUUUGAAGUCGUGACAGAGGUCAAUCUCGGAAAGGGGCAAGUUGGUCCUGACGGUUUGGUGAAAAAGGGCGGUGAAGGAGUCGCAGUCUGGCCGAUGGUAUGGCGUCCGGAGAAAUAACCGGCAGAGGGCCAAAGGAAAGAAUGUUACUGGCCCCGAGGCUCGUGCCCAUGCCAAUACGUGAGAGGAGAUAAACAUCAACUUCUAAUAAGCUUCAAACGCCUACCCGGCGGCGUCGUUGGAGAGUGCGGCUCUGUAGCUACCAUUGAAAAGUCCUUAAAUUAGGUGUUUUACGACAUUCAUUCAUAAACAACACACCGGAUAAGUACCCCCAGUCGAAACAUAUCACCUUUUCGCAUGUUUGCGUGGACGAUCCUUUCACGGGUCCAACCUUUAAUAAUCCAAGGUCCCCCUCGCUAUAUUCCUCGGCCCCAAGGCGCCGAAGAAUACAACAUACAGCCUCUAGAUAGACUAAAGCUUGUAGCUUAUUAUCACGC